GCGGCGGCGGCGGCGGCUGAGGCGGCGGAGCCUGAGCGGGGAUGUAGAGGCGGCGGCGGCACUGGCGGCAGCAGAGGCGGCGGCGGCAGCGAGAGCAGGCGCCCGAGCUUAGCGAGAAGAGCGGCCGAACCUUGCCCCCCGAAGCCGGGCCCCGCGUCCCAGCCCUGCCCAGCCCGCGCCCAGCCAUGCGCGCCGCCUGCUGAGUCCGGGCGCCUCACCCUGCGCCCUCCGCCCGUCGCGCCGCGCAGCGCUCCGCUCUGGGGUGAUUAGUUGCUUUUUGUUGUUUUUUAAUUUGGGCCGCGGGGAGGGGGAGGAGGGGCAGGUGCUGCAGGCUCCCCCCCCCUCCCCGCCUCGGGCCAGCCAAGGCAGCUUGACUCCGGCUCGGGACCCGGGCUCGGCGGUCGGCGGAGCUGGAGCGGAGCGCAGAGCGGCGGCGGUGCCUAGAGCGGAGCGCAGCUCCCCGCCCCGCCCCUCCCCCUCGUCCUCGCGGCGGCGGCGGUGGCGGCUUGGACGACUCAGAGAGCCGAUUCCUUAUAUCCCUGGAAUGGGAUGAUAGGAGUACCCGGUCCACAAGACCAUUUUCAGAUGGACACGAGGACGGUUAUGCAGUACCCAGCACCAGUGGCUAACUUACAGUCGGCAUUCAGUUAAAGUUGGCUUUUAUGGUGAAGAGGACUUCCUAUCCCCCAGUGAAAAGGAGGAAAAGGACACAUGGCUCCCUCUUAGUGUUUCGGUCUCCGUUCUGCUAACUAUCAGAGUGAAGACACUUCCACGUGGACGCCCGACCAUGUGCCUGCCCUGAGCAUCAAGACCCACCGGGCAUCUCUGUUGUGGGCAGCAGGGCCCAGUGCUUGUCUGAGGACCCUCGGUAGUUGGCAGGCUCCCCCAGCAGCGGGGUCUGGGCCUCGGCCCCACCAUGUCGAGCCUUAGCAGUGGCUCCCAGGACACCAGCAGCAGCAGCAGUAGCAACAAUGCCAAUGGCAGCAGUGGCAGUGGCCCCAAGGCAGGAGUGGCUGACAAGAGUGCAGCGGUGGCCACUGCUGCACCAGCCUCGGUGGCAGAUGAUGCACCACCCCCCGAACGUCGGAACAAAAGCGGCAUCAUCAGUGAACCCCUCAACAAGAGCCUGCGUCGCUCCCGCCCUCUGUCCCACUACUCUUCCUUUGGGGGCAGUGGGGGCAGUGGUGGUGGCAGCAUGAUGGGCGGGGAGUCUGCCGAAAAGGCUGCUGCAGCUGCAGCCGCUGCCUCCCUGUUGGCCAAUGGGCACGACCUGGCGGCAGCCAUGGCUGUGGACAAAAGCAACCCUACCUCAAAGCACAAAAGUGGUGCUGUGGCCAGCCUGCUGAGCAAGGCUGAGCGGGCCACGGAGCUGGCAGCCGAGGGACAGCUGACGCUGCAGCAGUUCGCACAGUCCACGGAGAUGCUGAAACGCGUGGUGCAGGAGCACCUACCGCUGAUGAGCGAGGCUGGCGCGGGCCUGCCCGACAUGGAGGCUGUGGCAGGUGCUGAAGCCCUCAAUGGCCAGUCCGACUUCCCCUACCUGGGCGCCUUCCCCAUCAACCCAGGCCUCUUCAUCAUGACCCCGGCGGGUGUGUUCCUGGCCGAGAGCGCGCUGCACAUGGCGGGCCUGGCCGAGUACCCCAUGCAGGGUGAGCUGGCCUCAGCUAUCAGUUCGGGCAAGAAGAAGCGGAAACGCUGCGGCAUGUGCCCGCCCUGCCGGCGGCGCAUCAACUGCGAGCAGUGCAGCAGUUGUAGGAACCGAAAGACUGGCCAUCAGAUUUGCAAAUUCAGAAAAUGUGAGGAACUCAAAAAGAAGCCUUCCGCUGCUCUGGAGAAGGUAAUGCUUCCGACAGGAGCCGCCUUCCGGUGGUUUCAGUGACGGCGGCGGGAACCCAAAGCUGCCCUCUCCGUGCAAUGUCACUGCUCGCGUGGUCUCCGGCAAGGGAUUCGGGCGAAGACAAACGGCUGCACCCGUCUUUAGAACCAAAAAUAUUCUCUCACAGAUUUCAUUCCUGUUUUUAUAUAUAUAUUUUUUGUUGUCGUUUUAACAUCUCCACGUCCCUAGUAUAAAAAGAAAAAGAAAAAAAAUUUAACUGCUUUUUUGGAAGAACAACAAAAAGAGAGGUAAAGACGAAUCUAUAAAGUACCGAGACUUCCUGGGCAAAGAAUGGACAAUCAGUUUCCUUCCUGUGUCGAUGUCGAUGUUGUCUGUGCAGGAGAUGCAGUUUUGUGUAGAGAAUGUAAAUUUUCUGUAACCUUUUGAAAUCUAGUUACUAAUAAGCACUACUGUAAUUUAGCACAGUUUAACUCCACCCUCAUUUAAACUUCCUUUGAUUCUUUCUGACCAUGAAAUAGUGCAUAGUUUGCCUGGAGAACCCACUCACGUUUAUAAAGAGAAUGUUGAUGGCGCCGUGUUGAAGCCCCUCUGUAUCCAUCCACGUGGGCAGAGCUGCCUUGAGGAGCUCACAGAAGGGGAGGGAGCAGACCCCCCUACCCCCAGGCCCAGGCCAGGUGUGCUACACCCACGGUCCCCACAGUGGGAUCCCCCCACCCCAACAACGAUUCUGCAGAAAUGAAAGUUUUGUUUGUUUAUCCACUGAGAUCUGGGGAGCCCAUGUCUCGACAGCUCUGAUCCUGGCUACUUCCCUUAGAGAAAACAAGUCCCUUCUUUCCCGCCUGGCCGAUGGCGACAGAAGAAAGGGCUUCUUUGGGUGGUCCCCUGCCAGUGGGGGUGGGUGCCCAGGGGGUCCCCCUUGGCCUGGGCCUCCCUGCCCGUGGCCAGCUUCCUGCUGAUGAACAUGCUGUUUGUAUUGUUUUAGGAAACCAGGCUGUUUUGUGAAUAAAACGAAUGCAUGUUUGUGUCACGAA